CAGCGUAUUGUUACCUGCUCUUUAUGUUAUCAGCCGGUUAUUGCUAUUUAAAAAUACUGUACACCAAACUGAUCCUAAUAAGCGGUUCCAUGCACGUUUGGUUGUGUAGUAAGUUUACUUUCCAGCCGCAUGCUUCUUGUUUCAGUCUCACAGCAUGGUACCUUGGCAAGUAUCUUCUGCUAUAGACACGGGCCAACCAUAGCCUUCUGAGCGAGUUUGGAAGAAGCCUGUUGUAUGCAUAUAUGUGUGUGUGUGUUUUUUUUCUCCUUGUCUUGUCAUUGUCAUACAAAUGGUGCCAUUCAUUUCCAAUAUUUUGCAAGAACCAGUCUGACCGGGGGGGAUGGGAUAUUACCUUGCUUAUAUACAAGUGAAGGUUGGCGACAGAAAGGGCAUCCCAGCUGUAGAAAAUCUGUUUCAACAAACUCCAUCUGAGCUAUGCAAGCUUUGAAAAAUGGCCAUUGAAAUGAACAAAAUGGAGAACUUUGCACGAGGUGGUCGGGGUGCCACCUUGCUACAAGCCCUAAAAAAGAAGCAAGAAAUGCAAAAAUCUGCUGAUUUAUCCCGUUUUGGACGUGGCCUUGCCUUAACACGGGCAAUGGAAGCCUGUGCAUUGAAAGAACAGUCAGAUUCUGAGAGUCCAUUUCCAGAACCUCUCUUGCCUGCUACUGUGCCCAUAGGUCGUGGAUUGGCAGCAAUGCAAGCUUUGACUAAUGCUGCCAAAAAACAACCCAUUGAAAGACCUUUGGGUUCCUCUUUAUCAUCAAAUGCUCCAGCUGUUGGUAAAAAUAGCUCGCAAGAACUCUCAAGACAAAGCAGUGUUUCAGUUGAAGACCUCUAUUCUCCACAGCACGACCUUUCUGAAUCGCACAGAGGCACCAAAGGUAAAAAGAUACCACUGUCUGCUAAUUAUAUAAGAAUUAAGACUAGAAACGAAGGAGUGUUCCAGUACCAUGUGUCAUUUAACCCUGAAAUCGACAGCAAAAGCGUUCGCUACAAGAUGUUGUAUGAACAUACUGAUGUAACAGGCAAAACUCGAGCCUUUGAUGGCGCAAUACUUUACCUUCCAAUUAAAUUACCAAAUCAAGAAACAGUGUUGGCAUCAACACGUCUGUCUGAUGGAGAGAAAAUUACCAUCACUAUCAAAAUGGUUAAAGUCUUGAAAUCUGAAUCUUGUAUACCGUUAUACAAUAUCAUGUUCCGUCGUGUGAUGAGUAUACUGCAAAUGAAGCAAGUUGGGCGCUACUACUACAACCCAAACACACCAACUUCUGUACCACAGCAUAAAUUAGAAAUUUGGCCUGGUUAUAUUACUGCCAUCAAAGAACACGAAGGUGGUCUCCUGUUAAUGGCAGAUGCUUCUCAUAAAGUGCUCCGCAAAGAGACAGUUCUUGAUGUUUUGGUUUCUUUGGUGCGACAAGAUGCUGCUCGUUUCAGAGACAAUGCCAUGCGAACAAUUGUUGGAUCAGUGGUGCUUACCCGCUAUAACAACAAGACAUAUAGAGUUGAUGAUAUCGCGUGGGAUAUGAGUCCAAACAAUAAAUUCGUUUCUUCGGGUUCAAAAGAAAGCAUUUCUUUUAUAGAGUAUUACAGGAAGCAGUACAAUCGAGAAAUUAGUGACACAAACCAGCCACUUCUCAUACAUAAACCAAAAAAAAAAGCUUUGCAACAUGGGGAUGGUCCUGUAAAGAGUGAAUUAAUCUGUCUUAUCCCAGAGUUCUGUUAUAUGACAGGUUUAACUGACGACAUGCGGUCUGACUUUAGGGUCAUGAAAGACAUUGCAGCUCACACCCGAGUGACACCAAUGCAGAGACAGCUAACUUUGAACCGGUUUGUCGAGUCUAUCAAAUCUAAUGAAGAUGCAAUGCAACAACUGACUAACUGGGGUCUUUAUUUUGAAGAUGCUAGUAUUCAGAUUGAAGGAAGAUAUUUCCAACCAGAGAGGAUAAUCAUGAGAGAAAGAGAUUUUGUUGCCUCCGAAGAAGCUGAUUGGGGACGGGAUCUGAGCCGUGCAUCUGUCAUAACCCCAGUGCCUUUGCAGAACUGGGUAGUGAUAACUUGUAAACAAGACAUUGGAAAGUCAAAAGAUUACAUAUCUAUGAUGAUGAAGGUGACUGGACCGAUGGGAAUUGAUGUUUCCCAGCCAAAGUUGAUUGAGACCAGAGACCAGCGUACAGAGACACUGAUUCGUCUUUUAAGAGAAACUAUCCAUAAGAAUCUUCAACUUGUUGUCAUUAUUUUCCCAACAAGCCGUGAUGACAAAUACAGCGCAGUUAAAAAAUUAUGCUGUGUUGAGUGUCCUGUCCCAUCUCAGGUCAUUAUUGCCAGGACUAUCAGUCAACAGCAGAAGUUACGCAGUGUUACCCAAAAAAUUGCUCUUCAGAUCAACUGUAAAUUAGGAGGAGAUUUGUGGGCUUUGAGCAUUCCUUUGAGUGGUAUAAUGGUUAUAGGUAUUGAUGUGUACCAUGAUUCUUCGAAAGGUCAUCGAUCAAUUGGUGCAUUUGUAGCCAGUACUAACAACAAUUUGACUCGGUGGUUCAGUAGGGUUUGCUUUCAGCAACCCAACCAGGAGUUGAUUGAUGGCCUCAAAACCUGCCUAAUUGGAGCUCUCAAGAAAUAUCAUGAGAUGAAUCACAUUUUGCCUAAGCGUAUUGUAGUGUUCAGAGAUGGCGUUUCUGAUAGCCAGUUAUCAGUGGUGUCUGGUUACGAGGUUGAGCAACUUUCCAAGUGUUUCCAGCAUUUUGGUGAUACCUACAGUCCUUUACUCUCGGUUAUUAUUGUACAGAAAAGAGUUAACACAAGGAUAUUUAUAAAUCGGAGAAAUCAAGUAGAUAAUCCAGCUCCUGGAACCAUUGUAGAUCAUAGCAUUACAAGGAAGAAUUGGUACGACUUUUUCUUGGUGAGCCAACACGUACGGCAAGGAACUGUCACCCCCACGCAUUACAUUGUCGUCCAUGACACAUCUGCAAUGAAAGUAGACCAUGUUCAGAGAUUAACAUACAAAAUGACACACUUAUAUUAUAAUUGGCCUGGAACAAUCAGAGUACCAGCUCCAUGUCAGUAUGCUCAUAAAUUGGCUUACCUUGUUGGCCAGAACAUUCAUAAAGAGCCAUCUCACAGUUUGGCAGAUAGACUCUAUUUUUUGUAAAAAGCCAUCAUCCAGCAAAUGAUACACAGAAGCUUUGUCUCCAGCCAUUGAUCCUGUUUUGGAGUUGUUGUUUUUUUAUCAGUCUCUUGUUUGUGCUUUUAAUAUCUGAUAUCAUCUUGAGAGCAUUUUCAUCAAAGAAUGUCUUCAGCUACAGAAAGUCAACAGCUGCAGAAUUUUAGAACCUUUACUAAUUUUUUUGUUAUCAUUUAAAAGCAGUUGUCUUUAUUUUUACAAUGGUAGCCAAGGGGUUUGUACAAAAUCUUUUAGCUAUUAUAAAAGACUGUUUGUGAAAUCUUGGACAUUAUUUCAUUCAUAUAUUCUGCUAAUGCCCAAUGCAUUUUAGCUGACUAAAGAAUAUUGGGACAAUGUAAAGAGUUAAAGAGACUUUAAAAAAAUGAAAGAAAGUUGUAUUUUAUUUACAGGAAUGCUUCAUUUGGGAAGUAUAUCUUAAUUAAGCUGGAAGCAGACUCCAUUAAUCAAGUUUGGACUUAUUUUGUUCUUCAUCCAAUCCUCAGGUAUCCCCAAAACAUGGGACUCGACUGGCAUUGUCUUUAGGGCAUGAUUAGAGCUAUUAUGUUUUUAUGAUUUUGUUUUCUUAUUUUGUAAUUAGAAGUAGCUUUAAUUUUGUGUUUUUUAGAUCAUCUUUUAUUUUAUAGAGAGUUUGUCUUGGCAUUUAAUAAGGACAAGUGGUAAAGUUAAACCGAACAUUUUUAGGUUAGUUUUAAAUAUCUCAUGUCAAGCUUUCUGAAUUUCUUUUCUCUCUAUAUAUGUCUGCUUAUCCAACUCUCCCUCUUUUUCUGUUUUCCUCUCUGACUUUCUCUUUUCUCUCUAUAUGCCUAUCUCUCUUUUUCUCUCUCUAUCUGUCUUGUGUUUUUCCUUGUGCAUGUCUGUCCUUUUUUCUCAAUAUCUGCCUCACAUUUUUCUUUUUAUAUGUCUUUCUGUCUUUUUAUGUUUCUAUAUAUCACUCUGUCUCUUUUUCUCUCUAUUUGUCUGUCCCUUUUUUAUGUCUGUAUUUUUCUUUCUUUCUGUAUCUGUUUGUCUGUCUGUCACACACAUACACACACAAUUCCACUUUAUGAAUUUAAAUAAAUAUUGUGGCCAACUUUUAAAUGAAAGUUAAGAAAUAUUAGCUUAAAAUUUGAAAGAAACAUUGAAGAAACAAAUUUUUUUAAUUAGGCAAGGCAUGAUUGUUUAAUAAUUUUCAGCAUUUCACCAGAUUAAACUAUUUUUGUAAAAUUUCUGAUUCAUUGGCUUAUAAAUCAAUCCAGUUCUUAAUGCCAAAUGUUCAGAAUAUAAAUGGUAAAUACUAAUUUCACUACAUAAAAGUAGUAGACUGAGCAAAGUUGAGCCGUAUCCCUCUCUCAAGGUAUUAUUGAUUUCUAAUCUAGGCUCAAGUAUUCAUUUUCAGGAGGGGGGGCAGAAGAAGAGGGCUAUAGUCAAUUUAAUCGAUUCCACCCCCUUCUCUCUUCAUCAUUUGACUGAUUCUUAUUUUAUUAACUUUGGAAGGAUGAAAGGCAAAAUUGACCCCUAACCUCCCACCUCUGUAGGAUUAAACCUCAUUAAUUUCUCUUUUUAGCAUUUAAUUGACUAAAUCCAGUUACGACAGCAAUGAGGUUAACACAAAGUUAGAUUUUUAGUGAGUGAAAAAUGAAACCUCCCCAUCAUAUUCCACAGACCAUAUUUUCCAGUUUCUCUAAUCAUCUCCUUUUGAUAUGAAUACAUCACCACCACCACCACCAUGAUGAUGUUAUUUCUCUUCUUCCUUUUUGACAAUCACCUUUCUAUGCUUGCAUGGGUCAGAUGGAAUUGGUUGAGACAGAUUUUCUAUGCUCUUGCUGUUGCCAACCUUCACCUGUUCCCAAACCAGAUAGUAUUUUCCUGUAGUUGUUAGACAGGUUUUUCAUGGAAGAGUGGAAACAAACAGCAUCGCUUGUUUGACGAUGAUGUCCAUUUUCAACAAUCACAAUAUGUCUAAACAAAGGUACACGCACACACACACACAUGAUAGGCUUCUUUCAGUUCUUGUCUACCAAAUCCAAUCACAAGGCUUUGUUUCACCAGAGAUUGUAGUAGAAAACAGACUGUUUUCACUGCAAGACAUGUUGUACCCAUUCUAAUUUGUUAGUGACCAUAUUUUAAGCAGUAAUAGGUUCUUUUAUUUAACUUUUCUUUGGUUAUAUUAAAGCUUAUGCUUGAGACAGAUAUUUACCUCUUAAAAUCUCGUGUUACCUCUCAUGUUAUAAGAACUGCAUUAAGAUUAUAAAUUUUGGAUCUUUUUUAAAACGGGGGCCACAUUUUUCAUUAACGAAACACUUUGAAACUUGGAACACUGGUAGAAUGUGUCGUAUAAAACAACUUUUUCUCUUAGUCUUCUUAAAAAAAAAAGAAAUCCAUAAGUUAUUCCAUGUUAAAGUUGUCGUAUUUCUGUAAUUUCAACCAAUCACUGACGUUCAUUCAGCCGAUAUACAUUAAGUGCCGACUACAUAAACAAACAAUUAACCCUAACCUUAGGGUUAGGGUUAAAGCAAAUUUAAAAUGAAAAAAGCAAAUAAAACGAAGGUAUGGAGAUUAAAUACGCUUUACAUCGCUUAAUCAGCCAAAGGAGUAAAUGUAAACAACUGAAUACUUGUCAGUGAUUGGUUGAAAUUAUUGAAAUAAGACAAUUUUUUACAUGAAAUAAAUUCGAAUACAAAAAUAUUUUUCUGUUCUAUAACACAAAAUAGAUAAGUAUACGAAGUUUGAAAGUCUUUCCGUACCAAAAACACUACGUAAAACAUUAAUGAAAAAUGUGGCCCCCGUUUUAAAAUAGAUCCUAAAUUUUAAUUUAAACAUUAGAGGUAAUCACAGACUGGCUGAGGGGGACGAAGAGGCUUAAGAUGAUAAGAUUCUUUUUUAAAGGAAGAUUUGGCUGUUAUGUUGAACAGACUAUAAAAAAACAUGUUGAAGCUUUGAAGUUUGUUAAAUUUUUGUUUAUUAGUAUUAUUAUUAUUAUUAUUACUUUGUAUUGCUCUCAGGGCAGGAGCAUUUAAAGUUAAUGCUAGUUGGUUUUACAACUUCACUGUUAAACCUUUUGGUAGACUUAUCCUAAGUUUUUCUGCUUUGCAGUCAUUGCAUCACAGUCACCUAACUUCACGUUCAUUUUGUAAAUAUUCCAUAACUAUUUACUGCCUUACGUUGUAAAUUCAAGAAAUUUAUAGCAUCCUCCAAGACGAUGCUGGUAGUAGUUCAGUUACUAUUUCAUUGGCUAAGCAUAAAGUAUUCAUUCAUUGUAGAGUAGGUAAAUGCUUAACCAAUUAAAUUUAGUUGAAAUUUUUUUUUCUUCUUCUUCUUUCAAAUAAAACUGAUUUUAAGAGAAAUUAAAGAAAAAGAAACACAUUGCCUUAAAUCUUUUGUAAAAUGCACCAGCAUUUUAGUUGGUGCAAGAAUUACUUGUAGGGCUAACUUGGUGCAAGAAGCACAAAUAUAACCGAAUUCAUCAACUUGGUUGUUUGUGACAUCUCAUGAACAUGACGGAGCUGGGAAAGUUACUCAGAUUCUUAUUGUUUUGUACAUUUCCCCGCCCCCCAUUACAAAACUCAUUUGUCAAAUUGAUUGACAAUUGUAAAUAAAGGUUUUACUAAUUUGAAUUAUUAUAUUGAAAAAGCUGAUUCUUUGUACAAAUCUAACACACCCCUCCCCCCACCCAUCCUUUUUUUUUGUGCAUCCUUGACUUAAAUAACUGUAUAUAUUUUCAGAAUAAAUCUAGAUUAUAUUU